AUGGGAAGCGGAACAACAACACCAAAUGGUCCAUCUAGACGUGAAGCAGCGCCUUUUUCUGUAAACAUUCUUUCCAAUCGUUCAGUUGAUGAACUCAAGCAAGCCAUCUAUUCGCCUGCUAGAUUUGGUGAUAUCCCACCGGAGAAGCUCACUCUCAAGCUCAUCCCCGGCGGCACAACGAAGAAAGGAUUGGAAACAUUAUCCGAAGAAUCGCUUGUAGUGCUCGAUGAACUUGAAGAACUCAGCACUUAUUUUCCAAAAGGUGCAGCAAAAGGUUGCAUUCACAUCAUUGUCAAGCUGCCGCCGCCAGCCCCAAGAAGUCCAAAAAGGAACCUAGAAGACACAGAAGACGGAGAUUCAGAAGAGCACUCUACUAAGCGCCUUCGCCCCUCGGAACCCCGAGAAGUUUAUACUUUAACCAAUGGGCAAACAGUAUCUCUACCCAAGUUCAUGACAGAUAUGCUCAAUAGUACCGACUUCCAGCCGGAAAGUCGCUUGAACUUCUCAUCACUGAAGGAUGUUAAGGUGGGCGAAGAGGUCGAGAUAAAAAGCCUUGGUCGUAGCCCAAAGUUCUUUGGAUUAGCUAGUCAGAAGCUCCUUGUUACCGAGCAGAUGAUGGAAUUAUGGGAAGCGAUGACCGAGUCUAAGUUUCCGUAUACAAAAUGUUUGUCUGGCCCCAUGGGAGUCGGGAAGUCCUAUAUAACUUGGUUUCUUGCCGCUAAGGCAUAUGCUCACGGCUGGCCAGUUCUUUACAUCGCUGACGCAAGGGAUCUUGCUGAAUGUUCAGAAGAAGAUGACGCAUCAUCAAUGAUUUGUCAGAGCUUCCUAGAUCUCAAUAAGGAUAUCUUGACUGUAGAAGUUCUCUCCAUCAUGGCAAACCUUGAAAGCAAGAAAUCACUUGUUUCAGCUGUUGCUAGGCAUAUAAUACGCUUAUUCCGACGAGGACUUCAAAAGACCCUCUUCAUCGUCGAUGAGCAUGGUUCUUUGGUUUCUGGCGACAAAGCAGCAACAGAGAGGUUUCUUGACUUGGCUCCUCUGGGUAACUUCAACACUUGGAUGACAAAUGGUGGUGGAGUAUGUGUUGUGUUUACGGGCACUGCGCAUGGCAAGUUUGAAAGGACUAUGCUCAGGGACCCAGACUUUUAUCUCGUUUAUGUCGGGCCUUUGUCGCCAGACACGUUCGAAAAACUAUUUAAAAUUGUCAUUGCUCACCUCGACUUGACAACUCAAAGGAAUCUCGAGAGUCGUAAGAACACUGUUAUUGGGUUUACCAACCGAGUACCGGACGAUUUGGUCAGCUUGAUUGAUUCAAUAAAACGCAUAAAAGGAGAACAGCUCACGGUGGAGCAGAUCGACAGCGGCUUAAUAGCACACAACAAAGCAUGCUUCGAUUUCUAUUCCAAUGCGGCAUCAACUUAUUUCGACGCGCUCCAAGGAUUCCGGAAGGAUAUAACUAUCCUAGCGCUGACAAAAAUGUUCUUACCUGGACGUAAGGACGCACAAUGUGGAUCUUUUGGAUGGGAGUUCCUUGAUACAGGGAUGGUUUAUCAGACGAAUAAUGAGAACAAUGAGCCUGAAUAUCGUCCCAUUAAUCACCCUGCACUAAAAGCGAUAUUGGAUUUAUACAAAGCCAUCCCAUUGCCAGACGCUCUUCGACGUGCACUUGCUUCUGGUUAUUUAAAUGGGAACCACUUUCAAGAGGCCCUAUUUCGGGAGCUUAUUAGAGGAGAGUCUCAUACAUUCCAGUCAACGGAUCUUGCAGGCAAAUACAAGAUGGAUAUUAUUUUCAAUAUCUCGGGAUACGAGCUAAUAGGAACGCCACCAAGGAUGCUUGAAACUAUAGGAGAAGAUGGCAAAAAGAUCCUGAUAAACGGAGGCUCGUAUGCACGAUUCGAUUUUAUAUUGGGCUACAUGUUCAUCCAAGUGUCGGUUAGUUCGUUCACGGUCCAUAACGACCCAACAGGUUCAGUAUACAUUGACAAGGCAUUUUCGAAAAGGGAAGCCACAGGUAAGAGCCAGAUUGAGGAAUAUUUGGAUGCUGCAUUUGGUGGUGUUCACCAAGCAACUAUGACUGAAAGCAUUGAGAAUAAAAGG